AACACUAAUAUAAAGUUAGAGGUUACCUUACUAGAUAAACUUUAUAACUUUGCUAACCUCUUUAAUAAGGAGAAAGCUAGUAGACUCCCCUUAUAUUAUAAUAUAGCCGAGCAUUAUAUUAAAUUAAAGGAAGGCUUAGAUAGAAAGAUUCCCAAACUCCUUUAG